AGAUAUUAAUGCUCCAAAUGUAUGGUGUCUUUUGUGCGAAGAUCAAGGUCGACGAGGGGCACCGCCCUGAACAUUUCAUCUUGCAAGAAACUAGAAUCAUUAUCUUACAAUGGGAGAUUCGAGGCAUCUACUGACUUUUUAUCCAACUUCCCUUGUCUUCAAUAUUUAGCUUUGUCUACUAUACAUCCCAACCUGAAGUUAUCAAGUCAUUCCUUGAAAAUAUUGGCGUUAAAUCCAUGCUGCGAUUUGGAUGUAACUGAUAUCGAUGCCCCUAAUUUGAUUUUCUUGAAGUUCUCUUUAUAUAAGUCAUCUAAUCCUCUGGUAAGAAAUCCUGCCAAGUCGGAACCACAAAUGGAAUGGUUUCCCUUCGAUGACGUCAACGCUCUUUCGUUCAAGAAAUUGAGGCGUUUUUUGAACAAGAGUACUGGAUUCUUCAAAGUAUUGAAAUUAAAUAUAUGCUCGAGUUUCAUAGAUGUUGAGGAACUAAAGGUCAUUGACUCCCCACCUAUUGAACUCAAGCAUGUUGAAGUAGAACUAACAGUCCGUGAAGAACCUGGUACCAUAGACAAGUUAUCAGCUUAUGUCUCAGCUGUGGAUACUGUAUUUUGGUGUUUACGUCCAGAAUCUCUAACUUUAAUAUCUGAUUUUGAAUCCCUUGAUGUUGAACAACGAAGCCGUAUCGUUAAGUUUACAUACGAGAAGCUACUUCGACAAAAUGAUGAAGACCAGACUGAUAUCGAGAUUGAGUUGUCUACCUCCUCUUCAAAAGACAAAAAACACUUCAAUGACUUGAAAUCCUUGUUGGCAGCAUUACCUUGUGAGCCACUUAGCGACAUAAUUACCUUCAUAAAAGUAGAAGAUUCAAAUGCUGUGAAAGAAGGAUGAUGUAUCGAAUCAAGGAACCUUCAGUUAGCAGACAAGUAUGAUGAAUAGUAUGUGUAGUACUUUUAUAUCUUGGUCAUUGUGUUUUGGAGUAAUUUGAUUUAGACUCUAGUAAAAUAUUUAUUAGUUUGUACAACUUUUAAGUUAAUAUUCCCUAAAUGUUAUUACUAAUGGUCUUGAAAUUUGGUAAUGAUGCCUUGUUGACUAUGUAUUUGAAUCUUUUGCAUU